AUGAGUCCAGUAUUCGAACCAAAUGCAAAAAAAUACUUCAUGCAACCUAUUUCAGGUCUUUUUUUAAGACAGCCCUACGCGGGGCUCGAACCCGCAGCCUUGAGAUUAAAAGUCUCACGCUCUACCAUUGAGCUAGCAAGGCUUUUUGAUGUUGUGCUAAUUUGCUUUAUUACUCAGAUCAUAAGACUUAAUAGCUCGUGACCAAAACUGACUUCAUAACUCAAAGAAUUACAUUUUUAUUAAAGGCCUCAAAUGUAUCUAAUAAUUGAAAUUUUAAAUUUGAUAUAUUAAAAUUAACGGAACAAUAUUCAUUUAAAUUAUUUAUUGAUUGUAUAAUUAUAAAUAAUUUAUCAUAUCCAUUAAGUUUAUUAUCAUUAAGUAUUUAUUUAGCUUUAAAAACUACAAGAUUACCAUUAUUAAUUAGUGAAACAAAUGAUGAAGAAAUUGCUAAAUUACCUACAUUUUCAGAUGACUGGAAUGAUUCAAAAUAUUUAAUUGAAUUAUCAAAAAAUGGGAAAUUUCAACCUCCAAUUUUUAUAACAUUGGGAAUAAUUGGAAAUAAUUUAAUAUUUGAUCCUUCACAAGAAGAAGAAACCGUAUUGGAGAAUGGAUUAAUAAUAAGUUUCUAUAAUAAUAAAGUAAUAACACCAAUAUCAAAUACAAAUUUUGCAUUAAAUUCAAAUAAUUCAAAUUUUAAAGGAUUAAAUAAGAAAAUUAUAAUUGGAGCUUUAAGUUUGGGUAAUAAAUAUUGUCCAAUAAUAUUAGAAGCAUUAGAUAAUUUAAUAGAAGAAGAUAUCAAUGAUAAUGAUGGAAAUAUGUUUUAA